CCAUUAACCGGAUAUGGGGUGUCUAAAGUCCUUGAAUCUGGAGACCCCAAAUUUAAGAAAGGAGACUUAGUAUGGGGAAUUACUAAAUGGGAAGAAUUCAGCUUGAUCCCUUCAUCUCUAAUACAUUUCAAAAUUGAUCACACUGAUGUCCCUCUUUCGUAUUACACCGGUAUUCUUGGUAUGCCAGGAGUGACUGCUUAUGGUGGUUUCUUUGAAAUAGGGUCUCCAAAGAAAGGAGAGAAUGUUUUUGUUUCAGCCGCCUCUGGUGCUGUUGGCCAACUUGUUGGUCAGUUUGCUAAAUUGACCGGUUGUUAUGUAGUUGGAAGUGCUGGAAGCAAAGAGAAGGUGGAUCUAUUGAAGAAUAAGUUAGGAUUUGAUGAAGCUUUCAACUAUAAAGAAGAGUCAGACCUCAAUGCAACUUUGAAAAGAUAUUUUCCAGAAGGCAUUGACAUUUACUUUGAAAAUGUUGGAGGCAAGACACUUGAUGCUGUACUCCAGAAUAUGAGACUCCAAGGUCGCAUACCUGUUUGUGGAAUGGUCUCACAAUAUAAUCUUACUCAACAUGAAGGUGUAACAAAUUUGUCAAAUCUCAUAUUCAAGCAACUUCGUAUGGAAGGUUUUAUAGUUACUAAAUUUUAUCACUUAUAUCCCAAAUUUUUGGAGUUUCUCUUGCCUCAUAUCAGAGAAGGGAAUGUUGUGUAUGUAGAAGACAUAGUUGAGGGUCUUGAGAAUGGUCCUAAAGCCUUGGUUGGCCUUUAUAAUGGUCGCAAUGUUGGCAAACAAGUGGUGGUUGUUACUCGCGACUGAAUGCAUUUGGACAUAUUAGUCCAUCCUUUAAUUAGGUUUUUGUUCUGUUUUUGUGUCGAAUGUUAAUUAAGGCUUUUUUGUAUGGUUUAUCAUUUUCAA